AUGAGGAGUCGUUUGUUCUUUUGGACCUUGACAGAGCUUGAACACUUGAGGAACAGUCUACCUGAUAAAGUUGUGGUCCGGAGAAUCGAGGAACGUCUCUCUGCUCUUGGAAAUUGCAUUGCAUGCAAUGACCAUGUUGCUCUUGCCCACACGACAAUUGCUGGCAACAUUCUUGUAGGCAGCUUUUGUGCCUUAUCCAACAGGGGUGGAAUGGUCCAUCCUAAGACCUAUGUGGAAGAUUUGGAUGAGCUCUCUACACUUCUUCAAGUGCCACUGGUUGUAGGAACCAUUAAUCGCGGUAGUGGAGUCAUAGGGGAGGGUAUGAUCGUUAAUGACUGGACUGCUUUCUGCGGCUCAGACACAACCGCCACAGAGCUCUCUGUUGUAGACAGCAUAUUCAAGCUAGGGGAUGCCCGAUCCAUCUCUAUUGUCGACCAGAUGAAGAAAUCUUUGAUCGAGACCUAUGUUUAA